UGGAAAUGGCACUAAAUCAUUUGGUUGUUCCUCUGUUAGAACAUACUUCUACAGUUUACUGCAUGUUAAUGCCGUUGCUCUUAAACCUUCUUUUUCUUCUUUUUCCUCCCUUAUGCAUUGCCUCUCAGCACUGGAAAGCCCUAUUUGAUCAGUUCGAUCCUGACAACACCGGCUACAUCAGCACUGAGAAGUUUCGGUCCCUUCUCCAGAGACACGGCUCGGAGCUGGACCCCCACAAGCUGGAGGUCCUGCUGGCCCUGGCAGACAGCAACUCUGAGGGGAGGAUCUGCUACCAGGACUUCGUCAACCUGAUGAGCAACAAAAGGUCAAAUAGUUUCCGCCAAGCCAUCCUUCAGGGGAACAGGAGGCUGUGCAGCAAGGCACUGCUGGAAGAAACGGGACUGAGCCUUUCACAGAGGCUGAUACGGCAUGUUGCAUACGAGACCCUGCCACGAGAGAUAGACCGCAAGUGGUACUAUGACAGUUAUACCUGCUGCCCUCCACCCUGGUUCAUGAUUACCAUCACUAUUGUAGAGGUCGCCUUUUUUCUUUACAAUGGAGUGGUAUUAGACAGAUUUGUGCUGCAAGUCACCCAUCCCUUAUACCUGAAGAAUGCAUUACUUUACCAUCCUCAGCUCCGUGCUCAGGCUUGGAGGUACCUUACCUACAUAUUCAUGCAUGCAGGGAUAGAACACCUUGGACUCAAUGUUGUCCUUCAGCUCUUGGUUGGGGUUCCCCUGGAAAUGGUGCAUGGAGCUGCAAGGAUCAGUUUUGUGUACGUUGCUGGAGUUGUGGCAGGGUCCCUGGCAGUGUCAGUAGCUGAUAUGACUGCGCCUGUGGUGGGCUCCUCUGGAGGCGUGUAUGCUCUUGUCUCAGCUCACUUGGCCAAUAUAGUAAUGAACUGGUCAGGAAUGAAGUGCCAAUUCAAACUUCUGCGCAUGGCUGUUGCCUUGAUCUGUAUGAGUUUUGAAUUUGGAAGAGCUGUGUGGCUGCGAUUCCACCCCUCUGCUUACCCACCGUGCCCACACCCCAGCUUCAUGGCUCACCUGGGAGGAGUGAUGGUUGGAAUCACCCUCGGUGUCAUCAUCCUGAGGAACUAUGAGCAAAGACUCCAAGAUCAGACUUUAUGGUGGAUCUUCCUUUCUAUUUAUGUCAUUUUUGUCUUGUUUGCCAUAUUCUGGAACAUUUUUGCCUACAGCCUGUUGGAUCUAAAGCUACCUCCCCCUCCUUGAAAACAUGGGACAGAAAACUCAAGAGCGGAAGUCAUCUGUCAGCUGUGUUAAAUGUAUGAAGAUGGAGGAUCUAUUUUUAUAUUUAACUUAGGGGAGGAUAAUUCUUCUGAAUGCAAGUGUUUUGCUGGAGGAGAUGCUUAAGAUCUCAUGAAAGCAUGGGCUGAUCAGUUUGUUCACAAAUCUAGCAGGUAUUGUAGUACUGGCUGGCCUGGACCCUGCAGUUUCUCCACUGCCAGGGCUCCCAUUGGGUAGCUUGUACCUGGGCACUUGUCACUUGGUUUGUUAGCACACAUCAAUAUUUUGUAUGAGGUAUUUGUAUUUUCCAGGCCAGUGCUGGAAUUAUGGCCAGUUGUUGAAUGAAUCUCCUCAAUGUUACUGAACACUAAAAGGGAAAAAGAGCAGAAAUUUACUAAUUAGAGACUCGCAUGGUACUCACAGGCAGCUUGGGUUUGGUUUCUAUGGACACAUCUGACUGUUCAGCCAUACCAGUGCCACUGUCUAAUUACUUGAAUGGUUCCUAAGAUAUUUUAGCCUAUGGUGAAACCUGUCUUACGCACCUUUCAAAGGAAUCAGCAGAACUUGAUCACCCGAAGUGAUGGAGACUGGUCUUCAACUACAGGUCAAAUGAAAUUGCACUAUAAACCUUGGGAACUCUUAGAGUGUUGUGGAUACCCAGCCAGAGGUGACUUCUACUGUGCAUGUUUCACUUGAUUUUAAUUUUCUUUUUCCCCUAGCCUGCUGUGGCUAGAGGGCAUGACUGGGUUUCUUUUCUGAGAGAUGGAGAAAAGGAGGGCAAACGUUCAAUUGUAUGUUUAUCAGCUGACAAUCAGAUGCUGUUUUCUUCUCACUUUGUUUCUGGCCAUGUUGAUCUAACGCCUGGCCUGCAGUGAGCUCCUGGCAAGGAACUCAACUCUUCCAGCAGGUUCUUACUCGAAAAGUGGGACCAGGAUCACCUGUAGCAGCACAGGGUGGGGACUUUCUAGUCUUUACAGCCAUACAGUCCAUUUGAGGCCAAAUCUGUCCACUGAAGUCAGUGGAGUUAAAUCAGGUUGUAUGUAGCACUGGUUUCCCACUGAGUGGAAAGAGUGUUACAGUGAUCAUUGUGAAACUGAUAAAAACUGGUUUUAAAUUGACUGCUAAUUUUGAGGAUGCCUCUUCCUGAGGCAAUGGAUGUUCAGGGGCUCAGAGCAACAGUUAAUCGCAGUGAUGCCUUUUUCUUUAACAUUGGUCAACCCCAGGUUUUAGCAACCUGUAACUGGUUUGUAGCACAGUCCACACAGCUGCCUGCAUGGACUUGGGGACCAGAUGGGAACAUCUGUAGCACAAGCAGUGCUUAUAAGUAUGCUUCUCUGUAAGGGGCGUAUGUUAUUUUGCUUCUCACUUUAGAAAGCUGCCAAACUACAGUCCAGGAAUGCGGAUGCCCUCCUUUUCUCUCCCCUUUUGCCCACCUAGUUUGAUGGCCUGGAUAAAGCAGCCAUAGGAGUCUCUCUAGACUAGCUCCUUUCUUCCUUUUUUUUCCUAUUUGCAUGCUGGUGCCCAGGCACUAGCCACCAGAGCCUUCCACAGCACAUCUCACAGGCACUGUAGCAGUUGUGUGUGUUCUGUAGCGAAAUGUCUCUGUGUUGUGGGCUUUAUUCUCUCAGCUGUGUAAUCGGUGCUGCCAGAUGUUACCACAAACUAGUAGGAGUCUGUCUUUCUAGAUGGGGAACAUUCACAAGUGCUAAUCAGCUGCCCCUUUCUUUGCCUCUUACAGGAAAAAUCUCUCUGGAAGGGUGAAGUUCUGCUCCCACAGUAUGCACUAGUAAAACUCCCGUUGCCUCUGGGAAAGGCAGGGGUGAGAAAAUAAGUGUUUCUACAAUGUAGAAUAAGCCUUACCUGCAAAAUAAGCAAAUUUUGCUACCUUUGUGCACAGGAAUGGGAUCUCUGAGGGCAACUACACCAUUGUUGUUCUGCAGGGCUAGUACGUUGCUCAUGGGCCCUCAGCAAGGAACAAAAGGGAGGGAUAAGGGUCAGAGCUCUGCUCAUUUUGGAGAAGGGGAUUGGUUCCCUAUGUUGUUUUAUCUCUGCAGUUUGGAUCCAGAUCAAAGCAGUCGUGAGAGUUUGCAUACGUCGUUACAGGUCAGGAGCUGGCCAGUGAGUUUCGUCUGUGGAGAUCAUCUCCUGGGAAGCAGCAGACAAGCAGGAGAGCAGGGAGUUAGGAGAAUAUUGACAGAAGCAUGGUUAACACGUAAGGAGGAUAUUCCUUUCCCCAUCUGUUGCUAAGUCUUUCUAUUUACAGAUGCCUUUACACAUGAGGUGAGCAGAAAUGGGAGUUCCCCUGGAAAUUUUAGGAAAACAUUCAAAAUUUUGGUAGAAAAUUCCAGUCGCAACAAAACCCAGAUUAUUUUGCCUAUAAUUUACCAGAGUAUAGUAUGCACUGAUUCACUUUUAUUUUUGGUUUCUCAACUGAAAGCUAGUUAAUGCCCAUCAGUUUCUCCCCAGGGAAGGUUUCUGUGCCUGCCAGUGAUGUGUUCUGGGGUGAAGGAGCAAGCUGCAAGUUCAAGGGCCACCUGUUUCUCUUUCAGCCUGACCCUGGCCAACAUAUCUUUGCCUCUGCUCAGGAGUAGGAUGAAGCUGAACAGAGUAAUCCAGGUGCCCUUCUUUCAUCCUUUAUCCAUAAAUGAACAUAGUUUACUUGAACUGGUCAAAAAUGGCUCUGAGGUUGAUCUUAUGACUUGUUCUUUUUAACUGUUGUUCAUCUUUCUGACUUCCAUUCUGUGUCCCCAUGCCCUGUCUGAGCAAGUCUACCAGCAACACCGGGGAUCAGAAAGACCAGACUUUAAAGCACUACUAGAUUUAUUGUGGGUGAAGAAAUGAAACCCUCUCACAUUUGCGCUCAUCACAGCUGAAAUCUCUUCCUAUACAUAGACCAGGUUGUACACAAAGCCUGUUUGCUAAGAAUCUAUUGGCUCAUGGAGUCAGGAGCCGCACAAAGUACUUAAGCUAUUGUAUUUCUUUUUUAAUCACUGAAAUUAUAGUGUGAAAACUUUUUAUGUUUUUACAGAGUAUCAGGAAACCCAGAUAUGUUGUCUUCUAAUGCACCCAGGAGUGCCACAGUGCUGCAGCACCAGAGAGCUAAUAGCAAACAGGCUUUUUUUUUUACCUCCAGAUGUCCUUGAAGCUGCUGGCUUAUGUCAGAGACGUAAUAUUCUCCAUUCUGCUAUUUUAUGGUUCUAGCUUGUCACAGUCAGCAACUUGUUCCUGAAAGAGCCGUCCACAGAGGGGCUGGUUUUGGUGAUUGUUUUGAUUUUAUUUCAGCUGCUGCCAGGAUUUUACAUCAGUGUGAUAAAAUGUGAAUCUGUUGAACCUUACAAAUGCGCAGUGCUAGAGCAAAAGGCAAGGACUGUUACCAAUGCACAGAUUUCAACAGUGUGUGUUAGAGGAAGUUAUUUUAUGCUUGUGUCUUUGAGUGAGGACACAACACCUGGGGGAGAAAAAAAGCACCGUUUCUGUGCUGGAGUUCCCAUUUAGUAAGUAUAUUGCCGCACAUGUUCAGUGAGGACGGGUCUAGGGAGUGGUGACACAGGCUGGGAGAGCCUGGGGCACUGGCUCCUUCAGGGACACGAGCCAGCAGCAUGGUGGGAUCCGGCUCAGAGCCUCUUGCUGAUCCCACAUCCCAGGGGAGAGCUGGGAGAAGUGGCUCAGCCAAAGUGGCUCAGGGAUCCAUGGGGAGGAAGAAGGGGAAGAACUAGGUAGAUCAAAGUCCACAGGGCUUGCAAAUUGCACCUUUUAUUCUUAGAUGCUUGGAGGCAGGUAGAGAUUAAUUUUGCACACAUCAGUAAUAAUAUAGGAAGGAGGAGGGCGAGGGGGAGGGUUCUAAUGGAGUGAUGGGAGAGGAGGUUACUAGAAACAGUCUCUGAGUGAGGUGUAGAGGAGUCAAAAAUGCUGAUGAGUUUACUUUUGCUGAGUUCUUAAGACAACAUCUCAUGUCACUAUUUUCCCCAUCAGCUGAUGAGGAAUCUUGGCACUUAUGAGGCACAUUGUGAUUCUUCACUACUCGCUCCUUUAGCAGUAAGUUUUAUCAAUGGGGAAGGGGGAGGCUGGAUAAAUUAUUGCUGUCUGAGGUUGCUGGACUAAAAAUAAAGCUCAGGGAUUCUGUGUCCCAAGACCUUGCUCCUUCUGAUGGAUGGUACUGCCUGUAUGUUUUAAAUCAGAUUAGAUCAAUUUGAACUGGGGUAUGAAGGUAGAAUCUGGCACAUUUAGAGCUGGUACUAAAAUAACAGCUGUCUACUGACCUCACAAGACAGCUGCUGUUUUGUGCCAAUAUUUAGUCUCACAGGAUAGCGGGUAAGACUGUCACACAUACUUCAGUGAGUAAAGAGCUCAAAGUCUGUUUACACAGAUUCAAGCUCAUCUCAAUUGCUUUGGAAACCCCAUCCACUGGCUUUACCCAAAAUGGACCUGGAGAACAUGGAUGCAGUUCAACACCAGCAACCUCUGGAGGCAAACUGGGGUCUAGAGAACAAAGGCCAGCACCUCCUGGGGUUUUAGCCUCUGAAUUUUGCUGCUGUUCUGUAUGUUUUAUAGUAGUGGCUGCUCUACAGUGCUCUGUGAUACGACUCAAAAAUUCCUUCUGCAAUCACUGAUGCUGAGAGCUGGUUAUAAAGGAAAACAGUGCAUUUUUGCAGCUUUAUUAAGGAAGAAUCACACAUAAGACAGAAACCAAGCUUGUUUGAAGGUACAUGUAUUUUAAUGUCACCAUUAAUCAUUGCCUUUUAAUUGGAAAAAGCUUUUUAAUGAGGUAUUUGUGAAAUGCCAGUAGUAGUACAGAAAAUUGAUGUUUCAGGGUACUUCACAACACAGAGCACAAAAUAUUCCCUAGGCCUGAUUUAAGUAGCAGAAGUACCUUAAUUUCCAGUGAGCUUAAUAGAUAUGUUAGUCACUGACUGUCUUCUGACUCCCCCGCAGUGUCUGUUUAGUUUGCAAAUAAAGCUAGAUUUAUGCAGCUUUUCUUUUGCUUACUCUACUAAUGCUAACACCACAACCAAGUGUUAAACAUGAAGCACUAAACAAUGUAAUUUUCUGCCUUAAAAUACUAAAUAAAUGAUACUUUCCCGUUAAGGGCUAGUAAAACAAAAUGAUAUUUGCGAGGUAAGAUGCUACAGUACGUUUCCAAAUAUUUUUGUAUUGUGUACAUUCUGUAUAUUCUUGUUGUAACAAUAUUAUUUGAGCGCAGAAUCCAUUAAAUUUUUUUUGUUGGUGUUUUUUUU